CCAGACUUUCAGAACACUACGCAUCAAAGUGGUCCGAAUUUGUCUCCCAUGCAGCUUUAACCACCUUGAGUGACAAGCACUUCAAUAAGCCAUCCACACUCCCUAUCACUGAGGAUGUGCAGCAUCUUCACCAGCAUCUUGAGAAGACAGCAAAUUCUGUAUCGCAGAAAUUAAAAGAAAACCCUUCACCACAAGCCUAUUGGGAUCUGAGCAGAACAACUCUGGCUAAGAUCAUUUUGUUCAAUCGACGAGGAGGAGGAGAGGUUUCAAAAAUGACAUUGGAAGGCUUUCUUCAGAGGGACACAGCUGCCUUACAUAAAGAUGGUGCUGUUGAACUAACAAAGUUUGAACAAAAACUGUGCUCACAUUUCAGUCGUGUGGAAAUUAAAGGUAAAAGGGGCCGGAAAGUUGCUGUCUUGUUAUCACCAGACAUGGUUGAAUCCUUGACACAUCUCAUAAGCAGAAGACUAGAGUGUGGAGUCCUAGAAGAAAACCCUUUCCUCUUCACAAGACCGAACUGUUUGACUCCUUAUAGAGGUCAGGACUGUCUGAGGACUUAUGCAAAUGAGUGUGGCGCACAAAGACCUGACCUCCUUAGGUCCACGCAGCUACACAAAAAUGUUGCAACCUUGUCCCAGGUUUUGAACCUGAAAAAUCAUGAACUGGACCAGGUUGCUGACUUUCUGGGGCACGAUAUCCGUGUCCACAGAGAGUAUUACAGACUUUCAGAGGCUACAACCCAGCUUGCAAAAAUGUCAAAUCUGCUUCAUGCCAUGGAAAAGGGGACAUUUGCAGAUCUUAAAGGGAAAACGCUUGAAGAGAUUGAAAUUGAAGAUAUCUUAGACUUGACCGACUCUGUCCAAAGUGAAGACAGUGAGAUGGAUGAGGGACACCCUCCAACGCACACAAGAAAUGAUGAAGACUCAGCAGGAGAAGGCACAUCACAAGCUCCAGACAGGGAUAAAUAUAGAGGGCUACUCGAGGAAACUCCCUGCACUUUAAAUGGUAUGACUAACCAACAACAUGUCUAGUGGUAUCUAUUACAUGUUUAACCUAUCACUGCUUGUGCAUUUUA